UGUGCGUCUUUUUGUCAGCCAGAAUACUGUUUUUUUUCUGCCAUCCCUCGUGUUUUUUUUUUUCACAUACAUCCUGAUCCUGUUUUGUGAUAAAGCAAGGAGACAGUUUCCUUGGAAUUUGAUCUUUCUGUUCACAUUGACGCUCGCCAUGUCCUUCUUGACAGGAUUAACCUCAAGUUGUUUAGACACAAAGGCAUUUUUCUUUGUUCUGGGAAUAUUAGCGGUGGAGUGUUUUAUCACUGCCAUCACCUUCAGAGUUAAGUCCCAGGUGAACUUCACCUCCUGUACCAUUGUGCUCUAUGCUCUGGGCGUUGUGCUUCUUAUCACAGGUUUCACCACAGCCAUCGCUCUCUUCAUUCCGUAUAUUCAGUGGAUAGACGUGAUAUGCACUGUUUAUGGGGUAUUGUUCUACUUUAUGUUCCUAGCUGGCAGCACUUCAAUGCUGCAGGACCUAGCUUCUGUCAGCCUGAGGCCGAACGAGUAUGUGUUUGGAACUCUGGCCAUCUACAUCAUCUGUCCCUUACUGUGUCUUAACCUCACUAACACAACCGCACCCCAAGCAAUUUGGGGUUGGCAUGUAACGCUUAACAAGGAAAUACCACGGUAUGAAAAAAACUAACAAAGUCCAUGUGAUGGACUGAUUGAGAAUGUCAUGUCUUGUCAGCUCAACCCACUGUUAAAGCCACAGUUACUAUUAAGAGAUAAAUGUACGGGAAGAAUAUUUAAAAGUAUUU